AUGUCCUAUCGUUAUGUGUAUCCUAAUGGUGCAGCAACGGUUGCUGCGGCACCUCCUGUCAAUGGUUAUGGGGUUGAUCCAUCAAUGUUAUCUGGCUAUCCAGCUGCUGUUACAACGAAUAUGUAUGAUAAUCAUCGAGGAGGAUACAAGUCAUAUUCACCGGGAUCAUUCUCAUCGGAUAGCGAAAGUGCUGAUGAAUAUGAAUACCGUGGUCGGAUGAUUACACGAGAGAAGCGAUGUCCACGUGAUGUGGUGCGUGCACCAACUCCACCACCAAUCAUCAAACGUGUUGUCGAACGAGCUCCAACGCCUGAAGCACCCGUUAUGGAACGUGUUAUCAUUCGACCACAAGCUCAGGAAAUUGUUGAACGUGUCAUUGAACAACCUCGUACGCCACCGCCGCGUAUCAUUCAAAAAGAAAUGCAGGAAGAAGCACCACCACCGAUUGUUCGAACACGUGUUAUUAAAGUUGAUCGACCAUUACGAAGUGGCUAUAGUCAACCGGGCUCACCGUUCGGUAAUCCAUGCAACGGAUUGCCUUCUUUUUCGAAUGGUGUUAUGGGCGGUGCUAACCCCUAUCGAGCUCAUUCUAUUGCAGGUUCAACAGGACGACCCGUUGCGUAUCACGCCAAUCUCGAUAAUGAUCCAAGUUUUUCGUCCGCAUCAAGCUUUGAAUAUGCUCAACCAGUUCCGAUGGGAGCACCAAUGCCACAAGGAACAACAACAAUGAUGAUGAUGCCGAACUCGCAACAAGUCCAAUCUAUGGGUGUUUUACAACCACAACAAAUGCAAGCAAUGGGUAUGAUGCAGCAACAACCUGUUCAGUCGAUGACAGUCAUGCAACAACAGCCCGUUCAAUCGAUGGGACUUAUGCAUCAACAGCCUGCGCAGUCUAUGGGUCUCAUGCAACAGCAGCCUGUACAAUCAAUGGGAUAUAUGCAGCAACAGCCUGUGCAGUCGAUGGGUCUCAUGCAACAGCAACCUGUACAAUCAAUGGGAUAUAUGCAACAACAGCCAGUUCAGCAGCAAGUUGUAUAUCGACCUGUACAAAUCCAAUCUUCAAUGCAACAAUUAGCAGCGCCUCAAUCGAUUCCUCCAAUACCAUCCAAUUACCUUCCUCAAACAUUCAUGUAUCCCACAGCACAUCAAGGCAUGUCAUACGGAUAUCGCCCAAUGAUGCAACAAGCCAGAAUGAUUCCAAGUGGCAUGCCAAUGGCAGGCUCUGGUAAUACACUUGGUACACCACCAACAACUUAUCAACAUCAAGCACCAAUAUUCAAUCCAUUGUCUCAACAGCUCGUCUAUUAG